AUGUCUUCUCAAGAAACUUCCUACAAAUUUCCACCUCCGCCAAUACGAUCUAUUCCACCGCUCUCGCCAGCAGCUUUCAUUCACAAUAAGGUUAUUUUUAAAAAAAUGUUUAGCAAGAAUAUUAUCUCGAAAUAAGAGCCGCAUAAAAAAACACUUUUUUUCUCUGUGAUCAUAUUUUUGGCAUUUUAAAUGGUUUACGGGAUAAACUAUGUUUUCUUUUAUUCGUGAAAAGUUUUUUAUCUCUAGAUGGAGCUUUUUUUAAAAACUAACGGAUCGAUUAGUCUUCGGGACAGGUAAGUGGUUUUGAGAGCAAAGAAUAAUAUGCGAGUUUUUCCCAUAAACUUUAAUCAACUCAUAUGUUAAUUCGAAUGAACUAACAAUUAAUUUUGCUUUUUUAGUCAUACCGAUGGAGCGAAAACACUUCGCGUACAGAAAAAUCGUUAGAAAAUGGUAUUAGAGUAGAGUUAUGAUAAGUUAUCGUAAUACUCUUCAGAUGCUCACUACCGGAGACCCAGCUCUCAAAUGAAAAAUGACAAUUUUGUUCUAGCGCAAGGUGGCGAUUCUGUGAGGUUUUUUUUAUUGUUUUUUUUUUGAGAAAAAAACGAUAUUUUUGAGAAAACAUAUUCCCAAAGGCCGCAUACGUGACCUCGCAGCAGCUUUUGAUCAAAAAGUCCGAGAAACUUCCCAACGGAACGAUUUACCGCAAAGUAGCUACCAAGUCGGCCAUACCCGAAGAGUCGAUGAUUUACAGUUUGAAAAGAACAACAAUCGACCUUUAUCAGGUUUUCUUCACUGAACAUUUUUGCAAUACAACUUCAUGAAAUCGAGGCGAUGCAAAUUUUGAUCAGCAAGACCGUCGCCAGGAUCGGAGGACGUUUGAUGAAUCUUUGCCCAGUGAUCCUCCUCUUGGUAAAGUUUUCCCCACACAUACAGCCACUAUAAUUUCUCGCAAGACUUAUGGUAAUGGAGACUACGCUUAUGAAAGGUGUCCGAAUGGAUUCUUCGGAGAAAGAACUUUUACUUUAUUUUAGUUCUGUUAUCACAACUGAUCAGUACACCUCGAAAACUUCUACGGAUCCAAUGAAUAGAGAUUCUAUCGAUCGUGGGGACAUUUUAGACAAGUCGAUCGUUUACGAGCACUCCAUUGAACUCAAUUCAUCUCAAGAGAGGUUUUUGGUAUUCCUUAAAGUCCCGUAUAUUCUUAUUCAGUGAGUGCAAAAACAAGACCCUUCGCUCCAUUUCCCGACCACCAAAUCACGCAACAUCAACUCCUCGAAAUCCCCGGGAAGACGUUCACGGUAACUGAAAAGAAUGUAGCUUUGAAAACGAAAAAAUAGGUGUUUAUAUGCGAAAAAAACUUUAGCCAUGUGGAAUAUAAUCAUCAUCAUCGUCAAUAUUUAUUAGUUGUUUUAGUCAGAUAGAAUCGGCUGGGCGGUGAAAAAAUUGCUCUUUUGAUGGUACUAACACCGCUUUUGGAGAGAAAAAAAAAAUCAAAACUUGUAGUUGAUUGAAUUGAAAGCAUGGUCUUACGGUCAUUUCGCUCGUUCUUCCACAAGUAGAUCCCUCAGUUUCGCGGGUACGGGCAAUGUAAUGAGUUUUAAAAUAAAAUUCUUUGAAUCAAUAUUCUAGUCACGGUCUUUUCAAGUUUUUGAGAAUAGAGGCUUUCUCGUUUAUAAAACAAAUUUCGAAUGACUUCAGUAUCACAGCAUAGUGUGUCUUAUAGUAACCGUUGCGUGUUAAUUUUCACUCACAUAAUAGUAAUACAACUUCUUUUUUUUUGGGACUUUUGGAUUAUUCGUUCAGUUUGAUAAGCUUGAUUGAUUUUCUAUUGAUUCAAAAAUACAUAGCUUUUGAGUUUUUCAUAGCCAAAUUUUUACUUAAAAAAAACCCAUGGUAUUCCUUUUUGAAUGGGCUUUGUGGCGAAUGUUGUUUUUCAGAUUUGAAAAUUAGGUGUUUUUGAUUUUUCUUUUUGUUUUUCAUGUUAUUUACUAAAAGGGCUAUAAAAAUUUAGUGUCGUUUGGCAAGCACAAAUGACCUUUUCUGUUUAGAACUUCGCGCAUUUUCUCAAUACUAUGAUGCAGAGUUAAAUUUCCAACUUAAAUUUUUUUUAUUGAGUCCAUAAGGUGGGUUUUCAGCUGAACUGCUGCGAUAUUUCAAUCGGGAAACGCCUAUUCGGGACUGCACGCAGCUCGAAACUCCUGUAUCUCGCCGGAAUGAUCGUCGACUCACUCAGGCGAUCACGGCCGCGUCGUUGAGGGAGCCGUUGCCGUCGCGCUCCUCUUCUCUGGGUCCCAGUUCGCGCGACAAUUUGCGGCAAGUCUUCUUUUCAUCCAGAAUGAUGAAAAAGACGCGACUUUGCUGAGUCGCGAUAUCAAAAACCUCUGCGUUUCUGGCUUUUUUAAUUCUUUCAUUAAAUCUGGAAAUAAUGGGAAGAAAAAUUUCUGUGAACUUUCAUUCGGAGAACUGGCGAAAACAACGCCGCAGGGAAUAAGAUCGCGAUAUCCUCAGGGUCAUUGUUUUUUUUUUCCUUUCUGUGAUCAUUGUCGAUCAAAAUUUUCAAAUUCCUUAUUUAGGGUGGAAUUAUUCCCGAGGACUCCAAAAAAAGAAGCAGGGAACAGAUCAUGCGAUGUUAAUGGAAACUUGGUUCAAAAGAAGGAGCCGGAUGAGAAGCGAAAGUUUCGCGUUGUUGCAAUAAAACUGUAACUUCUUUAAUUAUCAGUUCUGUGGAAAUCGACAAAAUCUCAAUGUCACGAGACGAGGAAGGUCAAAACUUCGUUGAUCUAAGCUUCGAGAAACAGGUUAUUAAAUCAGUAUUUUUCAGUCGAUGGUGAGAAUUAUUAAGUCUGUUGAGCUCUCAUUUGAAUGAGAAAUUGAUUGUUUUCAUAUUCACGCUUUUUUGAUAAAACAAAUGUUUUGCAACUUUUUCAGAGCUUGUAAACACUCAGCUCAAGAAAACAAGAGUUGGCUCGAGUUUGCGGUUGUUCGGUUUGAACAAAGAAACUUUCUGAUUAAAUUUACAGAAAGAACUCGUUUUUCUUUAGAAUGCUUCUUAUAGUUUCAAACGUUAUUAUAAAUCUAGGGUUAUCUCAAAUCGCCUCUGGAUGUGUAUAUUUUUGUAUAUACGAAGGCAGUUAGUCUAAACUUCAGGAGCCUGUGAAAUGUCAAGAGCCGAUUUAUGCUGUACCUCUGAAGAAAUCGGAACGUUCACAGGCAGAUCAGAGAAAACUUCGCGUGGGAUAUCCUUUCUCGGACAUUCCUGAAGAGAACACAAUCCAUUCGAAAAUUGACGACUAUUUCGACUUUGUGGAAGAAGUUUGCUCCUCUUAGAAUAGCUUAACAAUCUGUAAAUUAGGCCUACGCUGAGCGCGUUUACUACCAUCAAACAUCGGAAGAGAACUUUGAAGAAAAAGGAGUGGAUUGUCGGGGUUUGGAUGGAAAGGCGGACCCUCGGAAUUACACGAGAACCGCUUCAUAUCAUAGCAUCGACAAGCCGGACGACAGAAACGACACUUACCAAGAACUCGAGCUCCCUCCCAAAUCGGUAAGACCGAUCAUUUGUUUUCGCAAUACUUUUUGAUAGAAAUUGGAAUAAUACGUUUAGCUCUUGAGUAACCAGAAUUUUGAAAAUUUUCACUACCUGUUUUUCGCGCUUCAACUAUACCUUUUUUAAAAAAAAAAAUUGAAAAUUCGAAUCAAUAGUUUCAUUUCACUCACGAUUUAAUCUUAUUCGAAUCAAUGAGGUUGCACUUCGCGAUUAUACCUACAAGUUUAAUCUAACUUCCAUUUUUUUAAAAAUUUUUUUAAUAUAACGUGGAAUUCUGAAGACGCAGAAAAAAAUCUUUGUGAAGUUCCCAUGAAAAAAACGUAUCUUUAUUGUGUUAUAUUUACUUUUAAAACAACGCUUUUCGCUAUUUUUGAAACGCGAUAUUCUGAUAGGAGAAUUGAAAUGCAAAUGGAGAGAAAGCCCGAUUCUCUGAAUGACGGCUUUUGUUUGAAUUCAAAUAUCUAGCUUCAAUUACGUGCUUUUACAGUUGUUUGCUGUCAUGGAUUUCCCAGUUACGCCGACUCAACUAUAAUCGUAAUAUAGUCAUCUAUGUUUUUUUUUCUCUGUCGCACUAAAGUUUGACCCAAAAAAUUCAAAAGCCCUUUGACCAGUUUUGGAGCAUGAACGUUCCAGAAUCGCGAUUCAUUCGACGACGUCGACGGUACUUCUGGAGCCGGAAUCAGCGUCCAGGAGAUCGAGCCACGGUAUUCGUGGUCGCCGAUACUGACGACUCCGUACGCCGGCCAAAGUGUGACUGAAUACCGCGUGAAUGACAGAGAAGGCCAUCCUACAGCCGAAAAAGUCGUCCUCAACCGCGCAAUCCAGCCUUGCGCCUUGGCCACAUCCACUCCUAUGGGAACUUUGGCUUUUCGAAGUUUGCGCUUUUCUCAGCCGCCGCAAUAACUUUCAUUACCUACCCACUCGUGGGGUUUUGUUUAAUUUUGUUUGAAUAUAAUCUUUUUUAACAUUUCAAACAAAAAUUUUGAAUUUUCAAGUCUAAUUGUAGAUCUUGCAAGUUGCAAACUGUAUGAAAUUCUAGUUUUCUAGAUUGAGUCAAAAAAGGUUUUUUUUUUUCAAUUAAGAGAAUAUCACAGUUUUCAGCUUGCAUUUUGAGAAUCUUGAUCAUAUAAAGCAAACAUUUGCCGAAUAUAAUACUGCACAAAGUACUUUCAUCUUUUUCGUAAGAUAUUUUUUGACAAAAAUUCAUGUGAACAUGGACUGGUUAAGGACACAGCUCAGUACACAAAGAGGUUUUUGCGUAAAAUUGUUUUUUUUUUUCAGGAAGGCCGAAUGAUCACGCCGACACCGACAAAUCUUUCGUUAGUUCUAUAAGCACCAUGUCAACUUCAGAUAAGAAAACUGACACGAAGAGGCAAAUCGCGGUUUUGUUCCUCUUUAUUUUCCCCUUUUACCUUCUUUUCCAGAAGUUGGUCAGAAACAUUGAAACGACGAAACGUCUGGUCCAAGCCGCAGAAGUAACCGUGUGCGAAGGAAAACGGAGCAAAGAAACUCCUGUGGAGGUAGCGUUAUCCGGUCGCCGAAAAAUCAUUCCAGUCGCAGCGAGCCCAGUUGACGGCGCAGCGACAGCUCUUGAUGUACCGCGAGCGACUUCGGCUGCAGACGGACGAGUUGAAGCGACUGCAGGCCUUGUCUGUAGUGAGACAUCCGCCGCCGCCGGUCGCCCGCGAGUUCAAGAGCCAUCUCGUCAUUUCCUCCAUUGGAGUUCAUCUCAACAAGAACUUCUGCCAACGCCAAUUUGAGAAUAGUAAGCUUGAGACGUGAUUUUUGAAUGUAUUUUCGGUUUCGAAGAAUGAAAUGACGUAAAUGAGCUAAAGCGGAUAUUUUUGUGGGGAAAGUUUUAAAAAAGUUCAAGAGAAUUCAGCGAUUGAGUUUCGAAAAUGUUCAUUACUGAUAAAAUCCGAAGAAAAAUGGGGCUUCGAGUAACAAAUUUUUCAAAAACAAUUCUUGAAAAUCUGAGUCUGUUAUUUCAUUAAAACCAGAACUGUUCUCGGGGCGGCCCCGGUCGACCGAGGGCGCCCCGAUUUGCGGCGUGUUCGAGGGCGGCCGCGGUAGGCCUUUGGUAAGGGUCAACUCGGUCGACCCGUAGAUACAAAUUUUUUUUUUGACUCCCGGUUUUUUGCGAAUUAUAAGACAGAGAAAGAAGCGCAAGUUUUACUGAAAUGAAAGUGAAACAAAAAACAUUUUUAUCGAACACAUAAAGAAGAAAAACCGAUGAAAUGAGAUAUUAAUCCAAAAAUUCAAUAGUUUUCUAAGUGACCAGAACAAUUUACAGAACUAGAGAAAAACAAAAAUAAUAAAUAAGAAAUAAUUUGAAAUUUUCACAUCAUCAGGAAUUUCAUUUUCGCAAAAAAAUUCAUUCAAACCACUAUUUGAAAUAUUAUUUUUUUAUUUACAACGAGAAAAAAACGAAAAAAAGAUUCGAAAAAAAGUGAAAUCAAAAAGCCCGAUUUCUAUCAAAAAAACAAUAAAAUUAAACUUUUCAUGGAUCAUAAAUAACUUAAACAUUUAUUUUCAAUAUGAAAAAAACUGAAAUAAAAAAACAAAAAAAUACGGAAAAAAAUCCUCGCGCUCGCUUCGGGGGCCUGAAUGAAAAACCGCUUUGCGGGCCGGGGCGCUCCGGGGCGCGUCGCGGUCGGAUCGGGGCGGCCUCGGCCAGGGUCGCCCCGACUUGAGAACAGCUCUGAUUAAAACUGUAAGCCCCCGUAGGCCUAGAGAGGUUUUUUUUUUUGGAGGAUGUAAUGCGCUCAAAAUCAGUUUGAUCGAAUUUUGAGAGUUUCCUGCCAAUAAAAUUAAUAAAAGCGUGAUUCGAAGGCUCCUACGCGUUCUUGGUUCUGCUCAAGUGUCGGACUGAGGUCGAGGCGACCGGCGUCAUCAGUCUUCUUGCCAACUAUCAGACCCGACUCCAUGUCCUCAACUUCAACGAACAUAUUCAUUUCUCCAAUUUACCCGUCGAUUUUGCCAUAUCCAUUGAAGUUUAUAUGAUGGUAUGUUCUGAAAAAGUUGGUCGUCUUUUUAAAAAAUAAUAAUGAAAUUUUCUAAUUCCAAGCGCGAGAUAAUCCUACUCAAAACAGGUUAAAAAAAUUUUCAGAUCAAUGCAUUCUAUUCUAUUUUUUCAUUUAAUUAAUUUUUUUUUCGAUAAAAUGAUUCAGGUUUAGUAUCACCAAGAAGGUAUUUUGAUUAAUUGAUGUUUUUUUAUUGCAAAAAUAAAUUUUUCUUCCCUUUUUUUAUUCAACGCGGUAAAAGAAAUGGGCUUUAGGAAAUAUUCUUUCGUUUGUAGCAGAUUUGUUCGUAGUUUUGCAGUUAAAUUUUGCAUAUUUUCUGUCUAGUAAAUAUAGAUGUCAAAUAAAUAACUUUUUUAAGCGAAUGGCUGAGGAACGUCCUGUCGAGAAAUCGUGUGCUGCCGUUUUAGCGUCCAAGUGCAAAAAAAUUUGCUCGUGCCUUCAUCAGGUAAAACUUCUCAAAGUCUGCAUUAAUUAUUCUUUGUUAAAUUAUAAAAUAUAUAAAUAUAUACAGUUUUUUUUCUAGCAGGGGAAUUUGAGCUGUAAUAUUUUAGAGUUCCUAGACGUUGGAUAAACUAGUAAUACGUAACUUCAUGCGAGGAGCUAGAAAAAAAUAAUUAGAAUUAGAAAAAAGUGAAACUUCAAUGCGGGGCACCGCCGACAACACCGGCGUUUGUCGUUUAGAAGUACUGAGGCGCGCCGUCAAACGCCGGUCGCCGGUGCCGAGCGCGUUAGCGAAGUCCUGAAAGACUGUCAAAGAUGAAUCUAGACUAAACCGACCACGUUGAUUUCAAAAAUCAACAUUAGAAGUUUCAAAUAUGUCUUUCCUAUAUUUAUUCAAUAAAAACCAUGUUGUCGGCGGUGCCCCGCUUUGAAUUUUAACUUUUUUCAAAUUCUUUCUUUUCUAGCUUCUCGCAUAUCUUUCGUAAAACAUUUGCGACCGACGCCCAACAGGGUCAUCGCACGUAUGAAUUUUAGAAUUGUUUGGUUUCCCUGCGAAAAAUCCAAGACAUUGAAAAUUUCUUCGAAUAUAAUAUGUUGGGAACAGCGCAACGCAAGGCGAAGCCGCACUCCCAACAGAAGACUUUGCCCUACGAAGUGCCCGACUGCGAGUUCAACUGUUGCGGAAAGAUGACUCUGGACCGCGCGGCCUGCGGCGACCGCAUGUUCUACCUCGACGACGUCGUUUAUCCGUUGGAGGGCACCGUCAAACUCAUUUCGCACUGUUCGUCUCUUCCAGAGGCCAUCGACGUCGAGUAUCGUGGAUUUCUGGUCAACUGCUUCCCAAAUCUGUUUUCAAUUAGCGUUUUGCAGACGAUUUACCAGAAGAUCAACGGAAUGGAAUGCUGGGAGCGAUACUGGGCAAUGCUCAACCGAGGCAUCAUUUUCAUGUGGACUCAGCCGAGUGAUGAAAAGUCUGGAAAGGUACGUGGAAUCUAUUCCGGAGAUGCUCGAUGUUCAGAGGAAUUUGUAGUCAAGCCUCUUGCAAUACUCACGAAAAAGAACUCAGGGAUUAAGAGGAGUUCUUAGUUGAAUUUUCUGAUAAUAACGUCUAUUUUGGCUAAUCGUUUUUUAUUUUAAUAAUGCCUUGUUCUGCGACUAUAGUCCGUUUUCACGACUUGAAAGGGAGGGACUUCCCUGCACCCUCCUCGUCUCUCGACGAUCUCUUUUGUUCACGCGCUAUUUUCGCGUUUCUGUGACCUCGCCGGUGAGGGAACAGAGAGACGCAGACAAAAAUUCUCUCAGGUCACGACGGACGUACUAUAUCUUUUAUAUUUUCUCACUUUGAUCGUAUUGGUUUACAAGGUCGUCUAUGCUAAUCUCUUGGUGUAUCCUCUCGAGGCCUCAAACUCUGAUUUGCACGACUCUUAGCCCACCUGAGCAGUCCUUUCUUUCGAAACCGCUUCCAGCUACUUUUUUGUUCAGGGUCCGGUGUCGCAAAUCGACCUGACCAAAUGCACGAAUCACUCGGUUUCUCCCAACAGUAUGGACGUUUGCUCUCGGGUCAAUUCCUUCAGCAUCGAGCUUCUCAUCAACUCUUCUCCUACUCUCAUUGAGAAGAAAAGGUUUCGUUUCAUUUUUUUUUUGUCUACUUUUUCUCAUGGUAAUUCCUUAGGGUUCUAUUGUGCACCGACUCAGAAGACGUCAUGAACUCUUGGCUGUCGGCCAUCAACGAAACUCUUUUAGUGCUUCGAGGUGUCCUCUGA